AUGACCAUGUUGGCUCGCUCAGCACUGCGUACGGCACGCUCCGCCGCUGCCACGGCCCGCAAUGCCUCCAGCAAACCGCGCUUUGCCUCGACAUCGAGCUCUGCCGACGGCGCCGCCUCGGCAUGGAAGAACAACGCCCUCCCCGCAGGCGCCACCAUCUUCGCCGUUGGUUCGACUGCCUGGUACUGGCAUCUCUACGGACGCCAGGUUGAUGCCAUGACCCCAGCCGAAGAAGGUCUCCACCCAACUCAAUACCCGUGGGAGCACGAGAAGUGGUCCAAGACCUUCGACCAUGGAGCUCUCCGCCGUGGCUUCCAGGUCUACCGUGAGGUCUGCGCCUCCUGCCACUCCAUCUCCCGUGUGCCUUACCGCGCCGUCGUCGGAAAGUUCAUGACAGUCGAUGAGGCCAAGGCGCUCGCCGAGGAGAACGAGUACGACACAGAGCCCAACGACCAGGGCGAGAUUGAGAAGCGCCCCGGAAAGCUCUCCGACUACAUGCCUGCCCCCUACAAGAACGACGAGGCCGCCCGCGCUGCCAACAACGGUGCUCUACCCCCCGAUCUAUCGCUCAUGGUCAAGGCCCGCCACGGCGGCUGCAACUACAUCUUCAGCUUGUUGACUGGUUACCCCGAGGAGCCACCUGCCGGUGCCGUUGUCCAAGAAGGCCUCAACUUCAACCCCUACUUCCCCGGUACCGGAAUUGCCAUGGCCCGUGUUCUGUACGACGACUUGGUUGAGUACGAUGAUGGCACCAAGGCUUCGACCUCGCAGAUGGCCAAGGACGUGGUUGAGUUCCUCAACUGGACCGCUGAGCCUGAGAUGGACGACCGCAAGAAGAUGGGCUGGAAGGUUCUCGCUGUCACCAGUGUUCUGUUCGCGCUCAGUGUUUGGGUCAAGAGGUACAAGUGGGCACCGCUAAAGACACGGAAGAUUGUCUACCAGCCACCACAAAACAAGAGCAUCCUCGACCAACUCCCCAAGCCAAACAACUCUGGCAAGACGAACCAAUAA